AUUGUCCUGGGUUGGUCGUACACACACACACGAGGGGUGUUCUCUUCUUCACCAGUCACUGCCACAAGGAUCCAUGGUCUCUCUGAGGAGGGGAACUGUCUGCACUCAUGGAGAAACAAGGAGGAAAUGGAUGUAAACGUCAAGUUGUGGUCGAGAGCCCUGUACGACCACUGCGGUCUCUGGUGCGGCCGUGUUUCAUCUUCCUCCUCUUCCUGUCCACGGUCAUCGUGAUCAUCCUCUUAGGUUUUCCUGACAGAUUCUCCCAGACAGACUGGUGGAAAAACCUAUCACUGUACACAUACUACCAUAGAUGGACCAACCCCGACCGCCACCGUGGACCAUCCCCAACCACCAUUCCCCCAACCACAGUACCAGCCCCACCCUCAACCACCAUACGUCCGCUACCAACCAAUCACAACCACUUGGGCUACCCUCGUAACUACCACUUCAUCGUAGACGAACCGGACAAGUGUAAUACCCAGACCCCGUUCCUGGUGCUGAUAGUCCCCGUGGCGCCCGGUAACCUGGCCGCCAGGGACGCCAUCCGCAGGACGUGGGGUAAUGAGACCAUGGUGCAGGGGAAGAAGGUACAGACGCUAUUCAUGCUAGGACUUCCUGGAGGACCAGUUGCCCAGGAGCUGCAGGAGAAGGUUAACCAGGAGAGCCAAGUGCAUCAUGAUCUACUCCAGAGCAACUUCCUGGACUCUUACCUCAACCUCACCAUUAAGACCAUGGUGAUUAUGGACUGGCUGGCCACCCACUGCACCAAUGCCACCUACGCCAUGAAGAUCGACUCAGACAUGUUCCUCAACGUAGAGAACCUGAUGACUAUGUUGCUGAGACCGGACGUCCCCAAGGUGAACUACCUGACGGGGAUGCUGAUGUGGGAUCGCCCGGUCAUCCGGAACCCCAACUCCAAAUGGUAUGUUCCGGUGGAGAUGUUAGCCGACGACCGAUACCCGACCUACACACUUGGUAUGGGAUACGUGUUCUCCAACGACCUGCCGGAGAGGUUCGUGGCGGUAUCCAAGGACAUCAAGCUUUUUAAUAUAGAAGAUGCCUAUGUUGGUGCCUGUAUGAAGAAACUGGGCCUCUCGCCCACAAACUCACCAGAUCCUUGGCAAUGGAAGGCCUAUCUCGGCAAGUACAAUCGCUGUGAAUUUUCCAAAGUCAUCACCUAUAUUUUGAGCCGCUCGUCCCAGAUAGUGGAAUACUGGAUGGACCUGAAGAAGACACCUGGUUCACCCUGUCACUGAUCUAGUGUCCAUUUGGUAUUUUUCAUCCUAAUGGUCGAGUCUAAGUCUUUAGGUAGCCAAACAGAUAUAUAUACCUGUAUAUAUCGAUGAAAGAAACACUGCUGUAGCUCUGCCACCUUCCACCUCAGAUGUGGAAGGCUGACAUUGGCGCAUGUGGUGGAUUGAGAUGCAGCUCAUGCAAUAAAACAGAUAUCUCUAGCUUAAACAGACCGUUUCUGAUGGGAAUUUUUAUGUUACGCUUAUUCAAUUUCCGCGCGGACAUUGACUCUGGUACUAGUACUAAGAUUCAGGGACUCUAUCAGUGUCUGAGGGGCAGGUAGCUGAGUGGCUAGUGUUGUGCCAGUAACUGAAAGGUUGCUAGUUCAAAUCCCCUAACAGACAAGGUGAAAAAUAUCUGUCGAUGUGCCCUUGAGCAAGGCACUUAACCCUAAUUUCUUCAAUGUUGAUAAUGACUGACCUUGGCUGUAACCCCAUUCUUGGGGGGAGUUGAGAUAUGCAAAAAAUAAUAAUAAUUCAAACGUGUAUAAAACACACUUUUAGAUGUGUGAACCAGGACAAAUAUAAGCACCCACUGGCACCUGGGGCACCUUGUUAGGACUCAAUUACCCAUAAUGACAUUGGGUAGGGUAGGAAAUAAAGAUGGGUGGUGGUGGGGCUGGUCGGGAUGAUGAAGUUAGGUCAUUGAGUAGUUCUGAACUUGUAAUGACUGUCGGAAUGUGAUAUCUUACUUUCAAAGUCUUAAUUUACAAUGGUGGAACAUACUUUGCAAAGGGAUCUUUUGUGAUUUUGUGAUCCCGAAUCUCAGGAAUCCAAACAAAUCCAGACAGAUAGGAGGAUGGGAUCAGCAUCUGUCUAGUCUCUUGUGAUAGAUUAACACUUUCACAGGCCAAAACUCACACAAGAUUAGUCUCUGUUCACACAAGAUUUGUCUCUGUUCACACAAGAUUUGUCUCUGUUCACACAAGAUUUGUCUCUGCCCACACGAGAUUUGUCUCUGUGUUACAUGAUCAUCUGUCUGCCAAAUUCCAUUGUGUUGUAACACCAUUCGGGAGACGGUUCUAGAAACCAGUUGGGUAACCUGUAAGAAACACUGGUGAGAACCAAAAGCCAUCCAUUAUGAAUGAUUCAGUCUCUAACUCUCAAAAACAAUUGAAAGGAAGAUUAUUCUGUACAUAAAAAAAAUUGUUUUGUCAAGAUGUAUUUGCUUAGUGAAUUAACAGUAGCCCGUAGGCCUAGACCUUGCCCAAACCAAGUAGACCGAUAUAACAGUAUCAAAUAUUUAACAGCAUAAUAUAUUUAUUUUACUGGGUGAGUUCUUUUUCAAUUCAGCGACAUCUACAUGAAUAAUUAAGUUACAUAUAUUGUUCAACAAAGCCUCUUUUUAUAUCGGUCAUCAGUAUAUUAAGUCACACAUUAUGUUACACAAAGCUUCUCUCAUCCUGUUUGCUUAGCAUGACACUGAUCAAAUGCUGUUUGACUUCUAUGUACAUAUUGCACAAUUAAUUUAUUUGCAGAACAGUUGACUAAAACCUGGACAAGAAUAAGGUGUGUUCCAUUGUCAACGAAAGGAGUUCUGUUCUGUUCCAUUGUCAACGAAAGGAGUUCUGUUCUGUUCCAUUGUCAACGAAAGGAGUUCUGUUCUGUUCCAUUGUCAACGAAAGGAGUUCUGUUCUGUUCUCAACUUCCACAACGAAAGGAGUUCUGUUCUGUUCCAUUGUCAACGAAAGGAGUUCUGUUCUGUUCUCAACUUUCACAAUGAAAGGAGUUCUGUUCUGUUGUCAACUUCCACAAUGAAAGGAGGAGUCCAUCAUUAUUCUCAAUGUCUGAUGACUGGUGUAACAAAAUAAGAUGAUAUGAGUAAUGACAUUAGGAAGGUAAUGCAGAAGGCUGCAGCCCUGGAAAGCUAUGAAUCACAGGAGGCUUGUGAGGGGAGGAUGGCUCAUAAUAAUGGCUGGAAUGAAGGGAAUUGUAUCAACCACAUGCAAAAAAUGAGUUUGAUACCAUUCCGUUUAUUCCGUUCCAGCCAUAUGAGCCUGUCCUCCCCGAUUUAGGUGCAACCAGCCACCUGUGCUAUGAAUAUGACAUGGCAUGUGUGUCUAUGUUCUUUGUUAAGGACAUCAUCGUUGUGACAAUAUGAACAAUGAUGAUAUCAUACAUUUAAAGUUCUUUGAGAUGAUUUAUAUUAUGAAAAGCACAAUAAAAGUUCAAUAAAUUAUUUUUAUUAUUACUAUCAUAAUCAUUGACAUGGUGAAUGCAUUGCAGUUGACAACAGGGAUCUUUAAAAAAAAGAGAGACAGGGUGUAACUAUCAGAGAUUUGUCUCGGAGAAGAAAGGCUCUGUCGAAAUGUUGACAAUAAAGGCUACUUAAUACUC